GAGGUCUAUUGUGCUUGCGGUGAAUCUCAGCUGUGCUUCAAAUAAGCCUUCUUUAUUUAUUAAUCGUGCAUCCUGAAACUUCCCACUAACCAACAAUCGACAUUGUCCUCUUGUUAUCGUCAUUCAUCGUCAGGCAUUCAUCGGAGGAUCUUCGAUAAUUGGCAGAAUUAAAUCAUAAGAAUUCAUUAAAUUUCACGCUAGGAGAGGAGAUUUGGCAUCCGUGGAAAAAUACAUCCACGCACCACUGAAAUAGAGAAGACGAAAAACACUUUUACGACUCUCCACUCCAUCAUAGGCAUCACAAAAUUGCCUAGUAUAAUGUAAAAUACAGGGCGGAGCCCAAUAAUUUAAUCAAUCUUAUCAGUAAUGGAGUUACGCCGUUGGAUGACACACAGUGCAGUAUUGACGAUCAAUUUUACGUGACCAAUUUGGAUAACAAUUCGACACGACUUUCUGUCACAUCUAAGUAUCAUUCAUUGCGACAUACUCACGUACUUUGACGAUAAAUCAGUGCGAGCUAUUCGUCAAGGCUUUCAUAAAAUGUUGUGAAAGUAACCACCCCCAAGACAAUAACUUUUCUACAAAAUGGAAGAGCCCAUACCCCUGGAAGAGGUUCCGGAGACCAAGGAGCCUGUAAAAUUAGAGCCAACAUCGAGUGCAAGCCCAGGAGACAGGGGUGGAGCAAGCUCUCCAACGCCAGAGUGCAGUAUAUGCCUGGGUCACUUGGUAAAUACCUCCUUCACCGACAGUUGCCUCCAUCAGUUCUGCUUCACUUGUCUUCUGCAGUGGUCGAAAAUAAAGACCGAGUGCCCCCUUUGCAAGCAGACCUUCAAAUCAAUAAUCCAUAAUGUUCGAUCAGAGGAGGAUUAUGAUCAGUAUCAUGUGCCAAGGGAGAUGGUGGGCCCUCCCCAGGUGUCACCAUUGGUGGACAUUAACCUCGAGCUCAUCAACUUGGAUUAUGAAUUCAUCAGGCAUGUGCAGCAGGACCCAGCCGCCAGGAGAUUUGCCUACAGAACCACCAUGACCCCCAACAGGAGGUUAAGGUUCCUGCCAGUUUCUGGUCCAGGCGUACCAACAGUACCACGCGAAGAGCUGAGACACAGGCGGCGUAAUCCUGUAGACUACAGAAGGAAUGUUUACAGGCAUGGAGAAUGGUCAACCCCUCUUCAUGGGCAUUACAGUGGAGCCCUUGAACGCAGCGUUGAAUUUUUUAGAUUGAAUCCCUAUGAGUUAAACCGAUUGAUUCCCUGGAUUAAUCGAGAUCUUCAAAUUCUGCUUAAUGGAAAUGAGCCUCACAUUGCCUAUGUCCUCAGAACAAUCAUGGACUCCCUCACAAGAUACGAUAUAAGAAGUGCUGAACUCAGGGAUGUCCUCAGACCGCACUUUGGUAUCCAUACCGAUCAUUUUCUUCAUGAAUUGAUGAACUAUGCCAGGACUGGCUACGAUAUGGCGACUUAUGACAAUUAUAUCACGUACCAUGGGCUACCCACUGGCUAUAUCAAUAGCGUGCAAUCACCUGCCCGGAGUGAGACCAGCAGUAGUUGGUCAAGUGAUGACUCGGAUGUCAGAGUUGUUGAUAAUAUGAAUGUUGGACCCGCCGAGGUGCCUGCGGUUGGACCUCAUCCCAUCGAUAUGCCCGGGCCAAGUACAGUGGGUCAAGCCUUCCAGUCGCGCAUACCCACAGGCUCCCCUACGAUCUUCACAAUCUCCUCGAACUCUGACGAAUCAGAUUGUGAAAUUGUGGGGUACAUAAAGCCCCGUCAUGAGAGAACUCCUGAGAUAAUUGAGAUCUCCUCCUCGGAUGGUGAGAUAGCUGGCCCCAGCACCUCUGGCACCAUGGAUCAAACACCUCGGACCCCCUCGCCGGCCCCCGCACCCCUGGACGAGCCGAGCACUUCCCAGGAGACAAGUCGAAGAAAUCCCCGUGGAGCCCGCCGAAAAGCAUCGAUGCACCUAGCCCCCAUGGACUGUUCUUUCAGUGACUUUUCCUCCGAGAGCAAGAGCCAAGACUGGGGGAAGAAGGGACGUAAGACCAAGCGCACCAGGAAGACAUCAAAGGCGUGCAAGAAGAGUCCUCGAAAACAGUCCCAGAGGGAAUCUCUGAAUUCCAAGAAACGAAAUAGAGAUAUGUCUAGUUCAAAUGAUGAAGAAGCCCACCAAGAGUUGCAACAGAAAAAAAACAAGCGUUUCCAGAAGUUCCGAUUGCGAGCAACUUCACUUUCCUGCAACGAGGACGACGAGGAGGGGCCCCACACCCCCAAGAAAAGCCUGGUCAUAAAAAUUCGAAAAGACCUGAUGAAUCAGAACCAGCACGACAGGCACACCAAGGACUUAUCCUCCAGCAGUGAAUACUCCUCAUCUUCGUCCAGCUCCAGUGACAGUGACUCGAGUGCCAGUUCAGAUACCAAUUUACCUCUGAAGAAACGAAAGUGGGGGAGAACUCACAGGAGAACUGAUAAAUCCAGUGACAAGGGCAAAAGGUCGAAGGGGAAGAUCAAGUCAACUGUUGUGAAGUGUGCGCCAGUAUCGACUAUUCUUCGGAAGGAUGCCACCAAAAAGGAGUGGUAUGUUGAUAAAAAGGUGUCCAGAAGCACAAGCAGAUCAAGUGAUGAGGAGCAACCUGACACCAGACUUCGCCUUACCCCUUGCGAGUGUAGGGAUAGGAACGGGGUAGAAGAGUUCUCCUCAGCCGAGUCACCAUCUGAUGAUGAGGGACGUUCCAAUAGCCAGUGCAGCUCAAGGGCUGAGAGAACUCAGGAUAAGUAUCGGAGCAGGCACAAGUGCAAACGCAAGGAAAAAGAGAGGGAUGGAGAGGAGCCAAGCACAUCUGCGGAGAAACAUUCCGUCGAGGGGAGGAGUAUGAAAAAACGGAAGAAGACGCACAAAAAAUACAAAAGUUCAAAGGGUAAACAUUCUAAAGGGCGGAAACGUGACAAGAGACAUUGGGGGUCCUCAGAUUCAUACAGUUCGUUGGAUUAAAUGUUUCGGUUAAAUGUUACUCUACGUUCUGUUUCAUCUGCAAAUUGUAUCUGAAUAAAUGCAUUUUUUACUUAUAAAUAUAGUAUUGUAAUCAGAGUUUUGAGGUUCGAGGUGGAAAUACUUCUGAAAUCAAGACGAUUUCCGUUAUGUAAUUAAUGAACGACUUUAGUUUGUGAAUUAAAUGUAUUUGUGCGAAUGGUGGAGUUUUUUUAAAUACAUUAUCAAGUGAUAACAGUGAA